AUGGAUACACAGGAAUACAACACAAACAGAUACACGUCCAUAUACGCCAGAAAUCCUGUUGGCGACAUUCGGAUCUGGAUCACCAUGAAGACUGCAUUCAUCCUGAUCUCGGUCUUGGCUGCCUUCGGCCAUGCCUCGGUGCUUCGAAGCUCCUCAGUGGAGCGAGCGCCAGCCGCUGUCCGUGUGAGCGGAAGCCGAUCUUCUCUCGAGCCUCUAAAGCUCACUGUAAAGGCCUUUAACGAGGAGCAUAAGCUUCGUCUACAUCGUGCCCCCUCGCCCCUAGCUGCGGAAUUCAAGCUGCAGACAACCACACGAGACAGCCAAGGACGAGUGGUGAUUGAAGACGCACCACAUGACUCGGUGAUUCCCGAUCUGUACCACGACCCCGAUACCGGCGCCGUGGUGUCCGUGGACGGUACUAAAGUGGAAGGCCUUAUAACGCCCACACUUGCUAUCAAAGCAAACGCUGACGGAACUCACCAGGCACAGCGACAGUACGAAGCUGAAGCCGGCGCUUACAACGACUACCUGGAAAUUCCCGCCGAAGUCCGCCAGUAUCAAGCACAGCCGAAAAACUCUCAAAGUAGCCGAGGUGCCCUUAGUGUCACAGCUGAACUCUACGUAAUAGUUGACAGCACCCUCGCUCAACAAUUGGGCUCCAACACAAAGGUGAAACAGUACCUGUCCGUGUUCUGGAAUGGAGUCAACAAGAGGUUUGCUACCAUGAGUGACCCAAAGGUCAAUCUGGUUCUGUCUGGAGCUCUCAUUGUCCGUGACUCAGCCGACGAGACUUACAUAAAUGAUAAUGUCCUUCUGGAAAACUACAUCAAUGGAGAGAAUACCCUUAGCUCAGUCAGCGAUUGGCUGUUCCAGAAGAAAGCUUCAUUGCCUGCUUAUGAUGUGGCCUACCUAAUGACUGGCAAGGACAUGGCUGAUGUGGAAUCUGGCAUGAUUAAGGAGGGCUUAGCUGGCAUUGCCUGGAAAGGAGCCGCAUGUAUUGUGGCCAGCGGUAACAAACGCUCUUUCAACACUGGCAUGGGUGAGGAUAUGGGCGCUUACUAUGUGGGCGUGAUGACUGCCGCACAUGAAGUAGCACACAAUCUUGGUUCUCCUCAUGAUGGCAAAGAUGGAGCUGAAGCUUGUUCGUGGGAUGACGGCUACAUAAUGAGCUACGUUCCAGGUAAAUCCAACAAGCUGUUCUUCGUGUUCACAGAAACUGAUGAAGGACUAUAUGAGCAGUGA